CCCAGUUCCGUCCAGCCGUGUCCGGGAGCAGUUCGCGCUGUCGUCUGCAUGAGUUUAGUCUCAAUUUUCUCAUCUUCAGUUUAUCGUUCAAAAACCACAACAUGUUCCGCAGGAAACUCGCAGCUCUAGAAUAUCACCAACCGAACAGUUUCAACAUCGCAGAAGAGGCUCAAUUCCGAAAUAUGAUAGUUUGGCUUGAGGACCAGAAAGUACGACACUACAAAAUAGAAGACAGAGCAAAUCUACGCAACAUUCAGAGUGAAAACUGGCCAACAGCAUUCAAACAGUAUCUAGAGGAGCUAGCGUGUCCUGUUAACCAUGGAGACAAAAGUGCUGUGAUGGACUGGCUGCUGGGUUAUGCUGUCAGGCUAGAGUAUGGUGACAAUGUGGAAAAGUAUCGACAAGUAAAGGCUGCCAACGUUCAGAAGAGUCCUGUUCCGGCACCCAGCUCUGAUGUGCUGGGCAGCAUAGACCCAAGCAGUGCAGACUUCAGGGCAGGUGUGGCUUCACUAGCCCAACUCCUACAGAUCCCCCAACAUGACGACCAGCUCAUGUUACUUAAGGCCAUAAGGAAGCUUAUCCAGGAUAAACUGUCCAAAGAAGCAAUUGCUGAAUCACAGAACAAGAAGACAGAGGGGGUUCCAAUCCUUCUGCAGAACCUAGAUGCUGGUUUUGACACAGGAGAUCCUGCAGUGAACGAGGCAGCGAAGAUCUUGCGGCUGUUGCACAUCCACGAGCUGAGGGACCUGCAGACUAAGAUCAACGAGGCCAUCGUGUCUGUUCAGGCCAUCACAGCAAACCCAAAGACGGACCAGGCCCUGGGAAAGGUGGGCAGGUGAUGCAGCUGGACAGGUGUCCCUGUGCACACCUGCAUCACAACCCAGCAGCCGUAUUACAAAGAAGAGAGCUACCUUGGCACUGCCAGACUUAUAAAGCGACCACAACCUUGUAUAGGAACAGUAAUAUCAGCUUUGCUUAUACUGGACACCGGCAGCCCAAGGUUUCAUGAGCUAAACGCCAAUCAGACUGUUCUUCAAGUCCCUUCCAGAUACUUGUAUAGCCUUUGAUUUUUUUUUUUUGAGAAUUGUAUGAAGAGAAACUCUCAUUGGAACUAGAGAAGUUACUUUGAAAGUUGCAAGGCAUAUCUAGUGAUAAUUAGUAAGAUUGGCUUUGAACAACUAGGUGUAUCCCCAAGUCCAUAGACCUGUUAUACAGUGUAGGGUCUCAUCUUGUGGUAACCUGGCCACCUACUGUUUCACUUGGAAAAGCUUCUGUCUGCAUCAGAAAUGCAGUCACAAGAUGAAUAUUAAGUUGCCUUAGACCGGGCUAAAGACUUUCACAGCUUGCUGCACUGAAGAAAGGGAUAGUUGUCCACAGCCUUGGCUUAUCAUAGUGGAUAUCAGUCUAAAAUGUAGCAGUAAUAAAGACAACAAAACAACAGACA